CCCAGGCGGAAGGAUGGAACAACGGCGUGUCCAUGCAGUCGUAUGCGUUUCCUGAAGCUUUGAUCGAUGGAUCUUGAGGGGUUGUGCUUAGGCUGUGAUGAAAAACCCAAAAUGGCGUGUAGCUUAGACAGGAUGAACGGGGGGUAGUUCUCAAAGAACAAACCUAGCCAUAACGACGUCUAGGAGCUUGUGUAUGUACCAGGUCAAAUAGCAGAAGUGCCCAAAUUGGUGUGACGGGUAGUAAAAAGGUCAGCUCACCGAAUACCGUGUAUGAGCACCGCCACCGAGAGCCGGAGCGCUGGGAUGGGCUGAGAGCGCGGAGGCCGCAGAUGUGCAGCCGCCCUGAGAGCGACCCACAGCCGAACAAUAGAGUCUGUGAUCAGCCGAGACAGUGACACGGCCCGGAUAUUACUUUUUCCCUCACAAAAACUGGGUCAGCUUUCGCUUUGAAGCAACACCAGAGCGGAUUUGAAGACGCACACAGACGAAGUGGCGGAAUGGCAAUGGAGGGAGGGGACGAGUUUGUUCCGCCUCCAGAGUGUCCAGUGUUUGAGCCUUCAUGGGAGGAGUUUGCAGAUCCGCUUGGUUACAUCGCCAAGAUCCGUCCAAUCGCAGAGAAGUCUGGAAUAUGCAAAAUUCGCCCUCCCCCAGACUGGCAGCCACCCUUUGCUGUGGAGGUGGACAAUUUUCAUUUUACGCCUCGUAUACAGAGACUUAAUGAACUGGAGGCUGAGACCAGAGUAAAGCUGAAUUAUCUGGACCGAAUUGCAAAGUUUUGGGAAAUUCAGGGAUCCUCCCUCAAAAUCCCUCACAUAGAGCGACGCAUUCUGGAUCUCUUCAGCUUGGCUAAGAUUGUCACAGAGGAGGGAGGCUUUGAGACGGUCUGUAAGGAAAGGCGAUGGGCUCGUGUGGCCCAGAAGCUUGGUUACCCACCUGGGAAAAACAUCGGCUCCCUCCUGAGGUCACACUACGAGAGGAUCGUCUAUCCUUUCGAGAUGUUCCAGUCUGGUGCCAGCCUACCGCCAUGUAAGCCCAGGCCAUAUGAAAGUGACGAUGUGGAUAAGGAGUAUAAACCUCACUCCAUCCCCCUCCGCCAGUCAGUCCAGCCUUCAAAGAUGAGCAGUUAUGGACGGCGAGCCAAUCGCCUGCAGCCUGAGGGUCCAGAGGAUCCAACCCACCACCCUCUUACCACUGGCUCUCAACACAUCUCCUCGCCGGAGCCCACUGAGGAGGACAUAGAGAAGAAUCCUGAACUGAAAAAGCUGCAGAUCUAUGGAGCUGGACCCAAGAUGAUGGGCCUUGGCCUGGUGCCACGAGACAAGGCUAGGAAAAAAGACGAACUCCCCCAGACAGUGAUAGUUAAGGACGGCAGUGCUCCUGGCACCAUUAAAGAAGAAGCAGGAGAGAUCCAAGUCACAAGGUCAGACUCGGACAUACCCCCGCCGCCUCCAAACCUCAUUGUUAAGGAUGAGGUGAAGAAAAAGGAGGAGGGCGGUGCAGAUGACCUUGAUGGCUCUGGUAAAGAUGAGCCCUGCACAAAGAUGACCAUGAGGCUCCGACGCAACAUCACCAACCCACAGUUUGUGGACUCGUUUGUGUGCCGAAUGUGUGGCCGUGGGGACGAGGACGAGAAGCUGCUGCUAUGUGAUGGUUGUGAUGAUAAUUAUCACACCUUCUGCCUCCUGCCUCCUCUCUCAGACCCUCCCAAGGGCAACUGGCGAUGUCCCAAAUGUGUGGCAGAGGAGUGUAAGAAACCUGCCGAGGCAUUUGGCUUUGAGCAGGCCACACGAGAAUACACGUUACAGAGUUUCGGUGAGAUGGCAGACACGUUCAAGGCUGAUUACUUCAACAUGCCAGUUCAUAUGGUGCCGACGGAGCUGGUUGAGAAGGAGUUUUGGCGGUUGGUUAGCAGUAUUGAGGAGGACGUAACUGUAGAAUAUGGAGCCGACAUUCACUCAAAAGAGUUUGGGAGUGGCUUUCCUGUCAACAAUGGCAAGAGACAUUUAUCAGAGGAAGAGGAGGAGUAUGCUCGCAGUGGCUGGAAUCUGAAUGUGAUGCCAGUGUUGGAGCAGUCAGUAUUGUGCCACAUCAAUGCAGACAUUUCAGGCAUGAAGGUGCCGUGGCUGUAUGUGGGCAUGGUGUUCUCAGCCUUCUGCUGGCACAUUGAAGACCACUGGAGUUACUCCAUCAACUAUUUACACUGGGGGGAGCCCAAGACGUGGUAUGGUGUUCCGUCAGUAGCAGCAGAGAAGCUAGAGGAAGUCAUGAAGAAACUCACUCCUGAACUCUUUGAAUUCCAGCCUGACUUGCUUCAUCAACUCGUCACCAUCAUGAACCCUAAUAUACUCAUGGCUCAUGGAGUACCGGUUGUGCGUACCAAUCAGUGUGCAGGAGAGUUUGUCAUCACUUUCCCUCGAGCAUAUCACAGUGGCUUUAAUCAGGGAUAUAACUUUGCUGAAGCCGUCAACUUCUGCACUGCAGACUGGCUGCCUACAGGGCGUUCUUGUAUUGAGCAUUAUCGCCGCCUCCGCCGUUACUGCGUGUUCUCUCACGAGGAACUUACCUGUAAGAUGGCUGCCUGCCCAGAGAAGCUGGACCUGAACCUUGCUGCCGCCACUCACCGGGAGAUGUUCAUCAUUGUCCAGGAGGAGAGGAAACUCCGCAAGGCCCUGCUAGAGAAGGGUGUAACAGAAGCGGAACGAGAGGCAUUUGAGUUGUUGCCGGAUGACGAGAGACAGUGUGAUAAGUGUAAGACCACCUGCUUCCUCUCAGCCCUGGCUUGCACCAACUGCACAGAGCGCCUUGUCUGCCUGUACCACACGCAAGACCUCUGCUCCUGCCCCACAGACAAACUCUACCUCAGGUAUCGGUACACUCUGGACGAGCUAUUGGCCAUGCUGCACAGGCUGAAGGUUCGGGCCGAGUCCUUUGACUCUUGGGCCAACAGAGUGAAGGAAGCUCUUGAGCAAGAGGAUGGCAACAAAAUAGGCAUUAAAGAUCUGGAAGUGUUAAAGGAGGAAGCGGCCGAACGCAAGUUUCCAGACAACGAGCUGCUCCAGCGGCUCUCGGGUGUUAUGGAUGACAUUCACAGGUGCCAGAGCAGGAGCACAGAGCUCCUGAACGGCAGCCAGACCAGCAGGAUGAGCCUGCAGGACCUUCGGACAUUGGUGGAGACUAUGCACAACUUGCCCUGUGUCAUUGAGCAGCUGGGGGAGGUGCAGACUGUAUUACAGAAAAUCGAGGCGUUUGAUUCCCGUGCCCAAGCGCUGGUGAACAGCAGUGGAGAUGAGUGGAAAAAGGCUUCUCCUUCUCCUCCAGCAGCGGAUAUUAAGGCCUUGCUUGAGGAGGGCGCUCUGCUGCCAGUAGUGGCCCCAGCAUGUGAGCUGCUGGCUGGACUCCAGGAGCAGGGUCGCUGGCUGGAACAGGUGCGACGAACGCUGGGGCCUGAAGGUGGAGAGGUGACUCUAGCAGUGCUCAGGAAUCUGAUGGAGGCUGGCUGCAACGUACCGCAGAGUGUGAGUGUGGAGACGGCCAUGGCAGAGCUGCAGGAACUGCUGACCAUUGCUGAGCGCUGGGAGGAAAAGGCCCAGAUUUGCUUGGAACACAGGCAGAAGCAUCCUCUCUCCACAUUGGAGGCCAUAGUGAAUGAGGCCCAGCUGAUCCCGGUGCAGUUGCCCAACAUCCUGUCUCUGCAGGCCUGCUUGAGCCGGGCCCGUGCCUGGGUCACUGACCUGGAGGAAAUCCAGAAUGGUGAGCACUACCCAUGCCUGGAUGACCUGGAGGGCCUGGUGGCCAUCGGCCGGGACCUGCCUGUGCGGAUGGAGGAGCUGCGACAGCUGGAGCUACAGGUGGCCAGCGCUCACUCCUGGAGAGACAAGGCCAGCAAGACGUUUUUGAAGAAAAGCAGUCAGCACAGUUUGCUAGAGGUGUUGUGUCCACGUGUGGAGAAGAGUAAGAAAAGGGAGGAGGACUGUGUAAGCUCAGGAGCAGACUCUGAUGUCAAUGUGCUGGGCCUCACUGCUCAGGACCUCAGAGACCCAGGAGCCAUUGUGAUGGCAUUCAAAGAGUGUGAGCGGCAGGAGAAAGAGGCACUCCUUUGCCUGCAGCAGCUGAAUCUGGCCAAACCCGGUCCAGAAUGCACCAACGGGGACACAGAGCCCAGAGACAUCAAACAAGAGCGGAGGUGGAGCGACUCCAUGGACUCUGACACGCCCCUCCCCUAUGUUAACCCCCAGCAGAACGGUGGCUCCUCCCCUUCGCAUACAACCAGCCAAUUGGUGUGCGUGUGUGGUGGUCCUCCCCGGCCGUUAGUCCACCGCUGCCAUCUGUGCAAAGACUGGUUCCAUGGAGGCUGUGUGCCCUUCCCCUCUGUACUGGGCCCUGCUGAGGCCCCCCUCACCAACAUUCUCUGCUGGUGGGACUGGGACACGCGCUUUCUGUGCCCACGGUGCCAGCGCUCGCGGCGCCCGCGGCUAGAGACCAUCCUAGCCCUGCUGGUGGCUCUGCAGAGGCUGCCGGUGCGUCUACCUGAGGGGGAGGCCCUCCAGUGCCUCACUGAAAGAGCCAUCAACUGGCAGGGCCGAGCCAAACAGGCUCUGGAGACUCCGGAAAUACAAGGGCUGCUGCAGAGACUGCAAGAACUCAAAGAGACUGAGAUUAAGGAGGAAAAGGAGGAGCAGCAACAGCAGCAGCAGCAGGAGGAGGAGGAAGAAGAAAAGAAAGGGAACAAGGAGGAGGUAAUCGUACUGUCGGACUCAGAGGAAGCAGAAGAUGGUGUGAUAGACUUGACAGAAGAGGGUGACUUGGCGAAAAAGGACAAAGAGAAAGCUGCUAAUGGAAUACAGUCUGGCUGUGAAAAUGGCCUAAAGAAGCCAGACAUUCACAACAUAGCAGGGGUUGAGUCUCUGGUGCCAUUGGUACCUUGUCUUAAAGGGCCAGUAAUUGAACUGGCCCCCUCAACCAGAGCGCAGUUAGAGGAGCUGCAGCUAGAGGGCGACAUACUAGAGGUUACGCUAGACCAGACUCAAACCAUCUACAGACUCCUGCAAGCAGCAUCACCGCCGCCACGCCAGACUCUACUCACACUUAUACAGAUCGAGCUGCAGGAGCAGAAGCGCUCAGGUCGCGGCAGUAGGGCAAAGGACUCUCGGAAGAAAAGGAAGAGUCAGAGAGCUGAAGGAGGACCCAAGCCCACCGAGGCCUCAGAGUCCAAGAAAGCACGAUCUGUCAACCACACACCUGCACACAUGCACCAGGAGAUUUUGUGAUGAGUUGGUUUGGUGACCUGUGGAAGAGGAUCAUGGUGGAACGAAGACCCACAGAAGAACAGUUCAGAAAAUCAGACUGGGCCAAAGAAGCACCCAGACAGCAGAGGAGAUUACACACUCAUUCUUUCCACUUACUGAGUUCAGACACACCUACUGCCCAUGACAAACUUGCUCAUUUCAUUUCUCUCAUUCACACUCCUUCCAUUGGCACCGUUUAACUACUGCACUCCCUCCUCGUCUAUGUCCAUUAUCAUGCUUUCACUCGCACCCCUCAUGCCAACCUACUCAUCCUCCAUUACUCUCUGUAUGCAGGGCUGAUCAGUCUGUGGCAGUUCCCCUCCCCUUCUCUGUCUGCUGCUUUCCAGUGGGGAUUACUGGGAAUUUGCCCUCUGGCCCGGCUGUCCAUCUGUCUGUACUGUUUAAACUGUACCAAACAGUGCUGAACCCACCAAACGCCAGCUCACUGUCCUGCAUAAUGUGACAUAGUCUAGCUACACACACACACUGGUUUGGUGGCGUCGGAUAUACAAAGAGGAGUGUGGCACAGUUGCCAUGACAGUACUUGUAUUUUUUAUGUAUUGAGUCUCGUGUUUUGUUGAGGCUGUUGAGGGAGACUCUGUUUUUGAAUAAACUAGUAGAUUAUUUUGGGAAGUGUGAAAAAUAAAAAGGAAAAAAAAGAAGAAAAAAAGGGGGCAUUUGAGUUUUGGUGCUACUUUCCCAAAAUAGGUCACUGCAUAUUAUUCCUCUCUAUCUACUGACAUUAAUUUUAAUCAUUUCAAUUCUUUUACUUUCCCUUGAUGCUUCUGUUUUGUCUUGUUCUGCUGUCUCUUUUUCUCCCACCUUUUCUUCCCUUCCCCAAAGUCCAAGGAACUGUACAAACACCUCACUGUAACUCGCUUUAUCUCCAUUUUAUUUUGUCCCUGGGUUCUAAUAAUUAUAUUAUUAUUAUUGGUAUUGCAGACAAGCAAUUGUUGUGAGUUUGUGUAUAAACAUUUUCAUUUCAAUGUUGCCUUUGUUUUCUUUUCACUCUUGUUAGAGAAUAAAAGUUUAGAAUUGUUUUAGGA